AUGGCCGAGACGAGAACCGAGACGGAUGCGUUUGGGGAGAUUCAGGUCCCAGCGGACAAGUACUGGGGAGCACAGACGGAGCGAUCUUUGGAGAACUUCAGGAUCAACCAGCCUCAAGACCGCAUGCCACCGCCCAUCGUCAAGGCGUUUGGUAUCUUGAAGGGUGCCGCGGCAACAGUCAACAUGCAAUUCGGACUUGACCCAAAAAUUGGCAAGGCUAUCCAACAAGCCGCUGCUGAGGUAGCGUCACUCAAGCUCAUCGACCACUUCCCCCUCGUUGUCUGGCAGACUGGUUCCGGAACCCAAUCCAACAUGAACGCCAACGAAGUCAUCUCGAACAGAGCAAUUGAGAUCCUCGGUGGCAAGAUGGGUAGCAAGAAGCCUGUCCACCCCAACGACCAUGUCAACAUGAGCGCAUCCUCAAACGAUACAUUCCCUACAGUUAUGCACAUUGCGGCCGUCCUCGAGAUCGAGAACGAGCUGCUGCCGGCUAUCAAGUCUCUACGAGCCGCCCUGCAAGCUAAGGUUGAAGAGUUUGAAGCCAAGAAGAUCAUCAAGAUCGGACGAACCCAUCUGCAAGAUGCCACCCCCUUGACCCUCGCGCAGGAAUUCUCAGGAUACGUUGCGCAACUCGACUUCGGCAUCAAGCGAGUGGAAUCCUCCCUUCCAGACCUCCGUCUCCUUGCCCAAGGAGGAACUGCAGUUGGUACCGGAAUCAACACCUACAAGGGCUUCGCCGAGGCCAUUGCUGCGGAAGUCAGCAAGAUGACCGGCACCGAGUUCAAGACCGCCCCCAACAAGUUCGAAGCCCUGGCCGCGCAUGACGCCAUCGUCCAAGCAUCCGGCUCUCUGAACACCCUCGCCUCGUCCCUGUUCAAGAUCGCCCAGGACAUCAGAUACCUCGGUUCCGGUCCUCGUUGCGGACUGGGUGAACUCGCCCUGCCCGAAAACGAGCCUGGAAGCUCCAUCAUGCCCGGAAAGGUCAACCCAACUCAAUGUGAGGCUCUGACUAUGGUCUGUGCGCAGGUCAUCGGCAACCACACUGCUACAACCGUCGGUGGCAUGAACGGACAGUUCGAACUGAACGUGUUCAAGCCCCUGGUGAUCAGAAACUUGCUUCACAGCAUCCGGAUCUUGAGCGAUGGCAUGCGCAGCUUUGAGAAGAACCUGGUGGUUGGUCUCCAGGCGAACGAGGAGAAGAUCGCAAGCAUCGUUAAGGAAUCACUCAUGUUGGUUACUUGCCUCAACCCCAAGAUCGGCUACGACAUGGCCAGCAAGGUAGCCAAGAACGCGCACAAGAAGGGCCUGACCCUGAAGGAGUCGGCCAUGGAGCUGAAGGCCCUGAGCGAGGAGGACUUUGACAAGCUGGUCCGGCCGGAACUGAUGAUCGGGCCCGCGGAGUACAAGGGGAAGCAAUAG